CUGGGAUGAUGGGGAUGAUAUCUGGCAACAGGGGUGAGGCAGGACCAAGAGGGCCUCCUGGACAGUCCGGUCAACCAGGCUCUACAGGGGGGCAGGGGGCCCCAGGAGACGUUGGAGACCCCGGAUCCAUGGGUGGCUUUGGUUACAGAGGACCUGAGGGCCCACCAGGAAAACCAGGACUAGAUGGAGAAUCUGGUCCAACCGGAAUAGAUGGAGAUAAAGGAGCCGCUGGAUCUGCCGGUGCCAGAGGUUUCCCAGGACUGCCAGGUCACCCUGGACUGAAAGGCCUUAAGGGUCAUGCAGGUCUUCUAGGACCGAGAGGUCAAUCUGGUGCUGCUGGGUCAAAGGGCCCAUCAGGUACUCCAGGUGGAAUGGGGCCCCCUGGUCCUGCGGGUCCAGCAGGAAUGCAAGGGGAGAGAGGAAGGAGUGGGCCAACUGGACCUGUGGGGAAACGUGGUGAAUCUGGACAUAUUGGGAAAGCAGGACCACAGGGUCCUAUGGGGAUCACUGGAGCUCUAGGAUUCCCAGGUAGUCCAGGUAUAAAGGGGCAACCAGGGCCCCAAGGAGCACGAGGGACAGGGGGCCAGCAAGGACCAAGAGGGGAGGCCGGACGCAUGGGAUUGGCUGGAGCUACGGGAAUUCAGGGUCCAACAGGAACAGAGGGUGCUGCUGGAACCAAAGGACCAUCCGGAGCUCCAGGUGUCCAGGGUCUGACUGGACUGCUUGGCCCUGCAGGGCCCCCCGGACCACAGGGAACCACUGGACUAACCGGGCCUAAGGGCCAACUGGGUGAUUUAGGCAUUCCUGGAUUCAAAGGAGAGGCUGGAUUCAAAGGAGAAUCUGGUGCACCUGGUGAUCAUGGAGCGCUGGGUCCCAUGGGAGAGGAGGGGAGGAGGGGAGGACGGGGUGAUGCUGGGACUUCAGGAGCCGCUGGACCCAAUGGAGAGAGAGGUGCUCCUGGUAGUAGAGGUUUUCCUGGGCAGGAUGGGUUACCUGGUCAAAAGGGUGCCCAAGGUGAGCGAGGACUGGGUGGGUCAUCUGGUGCCAAAGGUGCCGAUGGUGACCCAGGACGCACUGGAGAGCCAGGUCUUCCAGGGGCACGGGGUCUGUCGGGUCUUCUCGGCUCCCAGGGUCCUGAGGGACACCAAGGACCAAUGGGAGGAGGAGGAGACGAUGGGGGACCAGGUCCAGCAGGGUCAGAUGGUACCAGAGGUCUAGCUGGAACCAUGGGUGUAGUUGGACCAAAAGGCUUUACUGGAGACCCUGGUAAGGCAGGAGAAGUGGGGACCCCAGGUGUUGCAGGACAGAGGGGGGUUAAUGGGAAAGCUGGAGAGAUGGGCGCUGGUGGCACUGCUGGUCCAGCAGGAGUUGCAGGGAAGAGAGGAGAGCAAGGACCUCCUGGUAUGAAUGGCUUCCAGGGUCUACCUGGGUCUGCUGGUCCACCUGGAGAGUCUGGGAAACCAGGUGCUGAGGUACGGUAUGACAUCACGCCCGACUGUGACAGACAAUAACCUCUAUUUUACAGU